AGUGAACGAUGGUGAGAAACAAAGUGGCACCAGUUGAAGAUGGAGCCAAUAUUCAAAGAAACUUCGAGCCUCCGCCACCAUAUACAACUCCAACGGAUUCACCUGAAGACAAGAUUCGAUCAAAUUCAACUGCAACAACCGCAUCUCAACCAGAAUUUCAAGGAUGUUGGACUAUUGUUGUAGUUGCCAUUUUAUUCAUCAUCAAUCUUCUCAAUUAUAUGGAUCGGUAUACGAUUGCAGGAGUCCUUAAUGAUGUACAAACCUACUACAAUAUUAGUGAUGCUUGGGCUGGACUGAUUCAAACAACGUUCAUGGUGUUCUUCAUUAUUUUCUCUCCAAUUUGCGGUUUCCUAGGAGAUCGUUACAAUCGAAAAUGGAUUUUUGUUGUUGGAAUUGCGAUUUGGGUGUCUGCAGUGUUUGCUUCCACUUUUAUUCCAUCUAAUCAAUUCUGGUUGUUCCUUUUAUUCCGCGGAAUUGUUGGAAUCGGAGAAGCAUCUUAUGCAAUUAUCUCCCCAACUGUUAUUGCUGAUAUGUUCACUGGAGUGCUCCGUUCCAGAAUGCUUAUGGUCUUCUACUUUGCGAUUCCCUUUGGAUGUGGUCUGGGAUUUGUAGUUGGAUCUGCUGUGGCUAGUUGGACAGGACAUUGGCAAUGGGGAGUACGAGUGACUGGAGUUCUCGGAAUCGUUUGUCUCUUGCUUAUUAUCGUGUUUGUUAGAGAACCAGAACGUGGAAAAGCUGAACGUGAAAAGGGAGAAAUUGCUGCAUCUACAGAAGCAACAAGUUAUUUGGAUGAUAUGAAGGAUUUGCUUUCAAAUGCAACAUAUGUGACAAGCAGUCUCGGUUAUACUGCAACUGUUUUCAUGGUCGGAACUCUCGCUUGGUGGGCUCCAAUUACAAUUCAAUAUGCAGAUUCUGCUAGAAGGAACGGAACAAUUACAGAAGAUCAGAAAGCAAACAUUAACUUGGUAUUCGGUGCACUCACUUGUGUUGGUGGCGUUCUUGGUGUUGCUAUUGGUACAUUGGUUUCAAAUAUGUGGUCUCGUGGAGUUGGUCCUUUUAAGCACAUUCAAACAGUUCGUGCAGAUGCUCUUGUCUGUGCUAUCGGAGCAGCAAUUUGCAUUCCAACACUCAUUCUUGCUAUUCAAAACAUUGAGAGCAACAUGAAUUUUGCUUGGGGAAUGUUAUUUAUUUGCAUUGUCGCCAGUAGUUUUAACUGGGCUACAAAUGUCGAUCUGUUACUGAGUGUGGUAGUUCCUCAGAGAAGAAGUUCAGCCUCAUCAUGGCAAAUUUUAAUUUCUCAUAUGUUUGGAGAUGCUUCUGGUCCUUACAUUCUGGGAUUGAUAUCAGAUGCAAUCAGAGGCAAUGAAGAUACGGCACAGGCUCAUUAUAAAUCAUUGGUCACCUCAUUUUGGUUGUGUGUUGGAACUUUGGUGUUGUCAGUUAUUCUAUUUGGAAUAUCAGCAAUAACAGUUGUAAAAGAUAAAGCCAGAUUCAACGAAAUUAUGUUGGCACAAGCUAACAAGGACAACACAUCAAGCGGGACACUUCCAAUUGAAGACAGAAACACAGAAGACGAAACUGGUUCCGAAGUUCAACAUAUGUAAUUCUAAUAUUUUAGUAAAGCUGGUUGCUCAACCCCUCUUCCCCUACAUAUUACAUUUUUCUCACAGUUUAUUGCGGGUCUGCUCUUUUUUUUGUAUUUUUGUAUCCCCCAUCAGUCAAUCAUUCGCAUAAAUUUUGCGUUUUUAUU